UUAAGACUUUGUGUGAGAGAAAAGUCUCUUCCUUUGCAGACUCAGCAGAGCGGAGAUAAAACUGCAGCUUGAGAUUUCGCAUUCUCGUCAGCAGGGGCCUGAGGCACGGGCUGGCGACUUCAUAUCUGGACCCGGCACUGAAUUUAGGUAGCACCCUCCACUCUGAAUUUCCCCGGCCCAGCCUCCAAUCUUAGACAUGCAUGACUUGGUUUCCACUACCGAGAGCUCUGUGCGCUUCUUCAACACUUGAGAGCCCAGCGGAGGCUGUCACCCACCCACAGAUUUUCCACCAGUGCAUGUCAUCUGCUGCUAGUGGUCAUUUAACCCGCUGAGUGUCAGAGGUUCUCCGACCAGACGACAUGGAGGCUAUGGCCAUAUACAACUUUAAGACCACCGAAAGGGACGAGCUGCCGUUCAGCAAGGGAGACACAUUGAAGAUUCUUAAUAUGGAGGAUGACCAGAAUUGGUACAAGGCAGAACUUUAUGGCAUGGAAGGUUAUGUUCCAAAAAAUUACAUCAAGGUCAAACCUCACCCGUGGUAUGGCGGUCGGAUCUCCCGUCAAGUAGCCGAAGAAAUCCUCUUGAAUCGCAGGUUUACAGGAGCCUUCUUGAUCCGAGACAGUGAGAGUUCCCCGGGUGAAUUUUCUAUCUCCGUCAACUAUGGCCACCACGUCCAGCACUUCAAAGUACUGAGAGAGCAAAAUGGAACAUACUACCUGUGGGAGACGAAGUUCACCUCCCUGAACGAACUGGUGGACUAUUACAAAUCCAACUCCAUCGCCAAAACCCAUCGUGUGCUCCUACAAGAUGAGGAGGAGAAGCAGAGAAAGAAGCAGUUUGUCCAGGCUCAGUACAACUUCUUCUCAGAGAAAGCUUCAGAACUGUCAUUUCAACGAGGGGACAUCAUCGAAGUCAUGGACAACUCUGAUCCCAACUGGUGGAGAGGAAGGAUUUCCGGAAAGAUUGGCCUUUUUCCACAGAACUAUGUCAACCAGAUCCACCAGUGAUCUCCAUUAUCAGGGUCAUACUUCAGUAGAUGAGAAAGUACUUUGAUAAGAGGUGGUCAAGGGUGAUGAACUCUACUCAACUAAUAAGGUGGAAAACAUUGUGUAUAGGCUCAGUUAACUUCUCUUCAUUCUCGCAAGAGACUUUAAUAAAAAAAGGAGGUAUUUUACCUUUUUGGGGGGCAAGAAAUUCUGUUCUGAAAGCUCAUAAGGGUAUUCUGAGGUAAUUGGUAUGGCCUUCUACACAUGACCUCCUACUCAUAGUCUACAAGACUAUCCCCACUUAGUUUGAAGCCUAUUUCAAGGAGCAACCUUCUAGUUGAGCUACCCUGCUUUAAUCGCUUCUACAGAAGAACUAACCAUAGUGAAAUAAAGCUGAGCCUUUGUGGAUAUCACCAGCGGAAGCAGGAAAGAUCCAAUUUGUCCAAAAAUUAUCCUGCCUAUUUUUGAGAAAAAAAGAAGGUCAAUGCUCAGUACUUUGGUCAGUUGUGAUGAGAUCUGACACGGGCGCUUUACAACCUCUGUGUCAGAUCUCUGCUGCCAUUGGUAGAAGUGUAUAAGUACCCCAUCCACCCCUAGUUUUAGUAGGCCAUAUGGUCCUUGUAUAUAGGUUAUCUUUACUUUUGCUACCCAUGAUGACCUAGUGGAACCAAUCAGAAAUGAGGGGAGAGACGCAUAUGGGGAAGGGACAUCAGGGGGUGAAAGCACAAACUAAAGUACCUGGUUUUAGGUGGUAUACCAGGCAUCCAUCAUGCUUACGACGGGCGUGACCACGAGUUCCCGUGACACUGGCCUCACAAGUCUCCUUGACCUAAAGAGAUUGUUGGCUCCUGACACAGAAGCAUAAAUAUGGAACCCACCAGAAGUAACCCUCAAGCUCAAGAAAUUUUGGAUUUCAAUACAUAAAAAUUAAGGUGGUCCUGGGUGUCUUCAAGAAAAGUCUGAGCUGUCUGUCAGGGCAGGAAGAGAACGGCUCCAGGAAUGUAAUAUCUUAUCGGAGCUAGCGUGGGUGUCUUCAGCUGUGCGGGCGAAGCACGGGGCGACGACAGCUUCUGGGAUCCCAGUGGACUUCCUUUCUCAGCGUCCUCUUUCUUUAUGCAAAGCAGUCUUGAUAUUAACUGCUAAAAAUAUAUUGUAAGCACAGAUGCCAACUGGAAAAAUAUGAAAUCACGGUUGACUUCACCCCAUGAGGUCAAUAAAUAAUCCAUUCAUUAAAAGGGGAUGUCCAGGAUAAGAAAAAGGGUCCGCCUUUUAUUUUUUUUGGGCAGAAACAGCACCACACCUAUCCAUGGGUUAUAUCUGGUAUUGCAGCUCAGACUUAUCCAAGCGAAUACAAGCUGCAAUACCAGACAUGGCCAAGGGUCAAGUGUGGCACCGUUUCUGGGAAAACAAAGGAUACAGUAUUGCUAAUCCUGGACAUCCCAUCUGGGUGAUACUUACCUGCCGUCUGUCUGGUUCAGGGCAGUACAGUCCGGCAUAGGACACGGCUAUAAAUGAAGUAAACGCUGGGUUAUUGGAUUUUCCUUUUAUUAGAUCCACGGGGGGAAAUAAUUAGGUAAAGUUAUAUUGUUAUUUAAUGGAAAGCUAUACAAUUUUCCCAUAUACUGUAAUGUCUCUGUUAAUUUCUCAUGAGACGCACAGCAGAUUUCUUGCAUAAAUUUUGGCUA